AGGAUGUCUGAUGCUGAUGAUCAAGCUGCGCGCGAUGCCGCCAUUGAGCAAUGGAAGAUCAAGAAGCUGAUUAAGAAUCUCGAUGCUGCCCGCGGAAACGGAACUUCUAUGAUCUCCUUGAUCGUUCCUCCCAAGGAUCAGAUUGCUCGUGUCAGCAAAAUGCUUGGCGAUGAGUACGGCACAGCAUCCAACAUCAAGUCCCGAGUCAACAGAUUGUCCGUUCUCUCUGCAAUCACCUCCACCCAACAGCGCCUGAAAUUGUACAACCGAGUUCCGAACAACGGGCUCGUGCUGUACUGCGGCACUGUGCUCACGGAGGAUGGUAAAGAGAAGCAGGUCACCAUCGACUUCGAGCCUUUCAAGCCGAUCAACACUUCUCUUUAUCUCUGCGACAACAAGUUCCACGUCGAGGCGCUUCAAGAGCUGCUCGAGUGUGACGACAAGUUCGGCUUCAUUGUGAUGGAUGGUAAUGGAACAUUGUUCGGCACUCUGAGCGGAAACACGCGCGAAGUUCUGCACAAGAUGUCCGUUGAGCUUCCCAAGAAGCACGGGCGUGGUGGUCAGUCUGCCCUUCGUUUUGCUCGUCUCCGUCUUGAGAAACGUCACAACUACGUCACUAAGGUUGCGGAGAUGGCCACUCAGCUUUUCAUCACCAACGACAAGUGUAAUGUGUCUGGGUUGGUGGUUGCUGGUUCAGCAGAGUUCAAGACUGUGCUUGUAGAGGCGGAGAGGUUCGAUCAACGUCUUGCAGCGAAGGUUUUGAUGGUUGUUGACGUCUCGUACGGUGGAGAGAAUGGAUUCAACCAGGCAAUCGAGUUGUCUGCGGAGGUGUUGUCCAACGUCAAGUUCCUCCAAGAGAAGAAGGUCAUCAAGAAGUAUUUCGAUGAAAUCGCUCAGGACACCGGGAAGAUUUGCUUUGGAGUCGACGACACACUGAAGUGUCUCGAGGCCGGCGCGAUCGAAACUUUGAUUGUUUGGGAAUCUUUGGAACACAUCCGAUUCGUUCUGAGAAGUCCUGUGAGCGGAGAAGAGGAGACCCUUGUCUUGACUCCGAUCAAGGCCAAGGACCACAAGUACUUCAAGGAUGAGGCAAAUAGUUGCGAUAAGGAAAUAUUGGACAAGACAGAGUUGGUGGAAUGGCUGUCUACGAAUUAUAACAAGUUCGGUUGCAAGCUGGAGAUUGUGUCGAACAAGUCCCAAGAAGGAUCUCAGUUCUCCAAGGGGUUUGGAGGUAUUGGAGGAUUCUUGCGCUAUCGCUGUGACUUCUUGGAGCACGACGUAUUCGAGGGCAUGGAGGACAAGUCCCCCGUUCCUUCCGACGACGACGACUACGGCGAUGACGACAUUGAUAUCGAUGACUUUAUGUAAGCUGCAGGAGCCGACUAACUCUCCAGCUCUUCAUUGUUAAACGAUCAAGUAGUACUCACGGUUGCGAUGGUUACUGCAACGUGACCAGUGGUAUGGUGUAUAAAUAUCCGGCGAAGAAGUUGUAUGGGUAAAGAAGUGAAACCUCCUUACGGCUCUGCAGAGAUAGCUCUUGUGACCUGUGUUGCUGUGCCUUUUGUGUAUUGGAACCAAACAGAUUACUUGAAAUUCAUGAUACGAGCAAACUUCUCGCCCACAAGAGAAGCUCCGCCAACGAGAGCUCCGUCGAUAUCGGGGCAUGCCAUGAGCUGGUCGACAUUGUCGGGGGUCACACUUCCACCAUAAAGGAUACGAACAGAUUCAGCGGUCGCCUUGUCAUAGUUCUGCUCAAGCCAUUGACGGACGUAGUUGUGCACGUCCUGAGCGAUCUCAGGGCUUGCAGUGUAGCCUGUUCCGAUGGCCCACACAGGCUCAUAGGCCAGCACAACAUUGGCAAGCUGCUCCUUGGUAACUCCGGCCAGACCCUCGGCAAGCUGCUUGGCGCAAACUUCUUUGUUCUUCUUGGCCUCGAACUCUGCCUUGGUCUCUCCGAUGCACAGGCAGGCGACGAGACCAGAGUCGAUGGUCAUCUUCACCUUCUUGUUGAUCAUGGCGUUGGACUCUGAGGCGAUGUUGCCGUGUCGCCUCUCGCUGUGUCCGAUCAAGACGUACUUGCAACCGAUGGACUCAACCUGCUUGAUCGAAACGCCGCCAGUGAAGGCUCCCUUCUCCUCGGUGAAGAUGUCCUGGGCGCCGAUCUUAACCUCGCUAUCCUUGCAGAUUUGUGCGCAGGUGGCGAGGAACGGAUGGGGGCAGCAGAUGCAGAUGUCGACGCCCUUCUUCACAGACUUGGCGCUCUCCACCACAGAGGACGCAAGGGCCUUGGCUUCAUCCAUGGUUUCCGGGUUCAUCUUCCAGUUCCCGGCAAUCAGGAACCUGCGAUCUCCUCCUCCACGGAGCUGCAUGACAGGAGAAGAGUAGAACCCUGCUGCUUCAGCACCAGCCGCCGCCAUCACCAUCGCUACCGCCGCCUUCAUCGCCAUGUUGGCAAUACACCUCUU